AAACUCACUUCUGUCAUGGGGAAAAAACACAAAAAGCACUACAGCAUCAAUACCAACAGCACUCAACAAUCAAAAUGUACUCCAUGUGUAGAAAUAGGAAUAGGUGGAGGAAGUGCUAGUUCGGAAUCUGCAGAGUCUAAUUCGCCGCCGCAGCAUCAAGUAGUGGAUAUUCCUGACCAAAAUACAAAUGUUCUUGGCCAAUUUCCGCAACAGGUGUAUUGCCCUACAUGUGACCAACAAGUUCUUACUCGAACCAAACACGUUUCUGGUGUGCUUACUUGUGUGCUAGUCUUUCUUCUGCUGUUCUGCUGGUAGAACCUUCAAAAAUUUAAAAUUUCAAAAAUUUCUUUUCAGUUGCUGCUGUGGUUGUUGUCUAGUCCCUCUAUGCCUCGACGCGUGCAAAGACGUUGAGCAUCGUUGUAGUCAGUGCAAUACUUAUAUCGGAACAUUUGAACGCACUAUGCAGUGCGAUAGUA